UUUUUUUUUCCCCUCAAGAGCGGGAACCCUAAUUUCACUUUUCAAAUUUCAAAUCCCAGAUCUCUCUUCCUCUCGCGUAUCUUCUUACACUAUCUAUGAUCUAAUCUAUGCUUAUUCCACUGUUACCGUUGAAUUAAUUGUAACAACACUUCAUCUCCAACUCAGAGAUGGAUUAUCGUAGUAUGAAAAGGAGAGAGCUUCAAGCUCUAUCCAAGGCACAUAAUAUUCCUGCGAAUUCUGCCAACUCCGUUUUGGCUGAUAAGCUUUCUGAACUUCUCAACGAAAAGCAGAAACCAACAUCACGACAACGAACUUGUAUGAAGAGCGUGGUUGAAACCACAGAUGUGAGUGAACCUGCAGUGUCAAGAAGGCAAACAAAGAAAGUUAGGUUUAGUCCAAAUAAUGACUUGGUUGAGUAUGAACUACGAUCUGGCAAAAAAAAGAAGGAUAUGGUUACAGAGACAGAACAUAGGAGGAAAUCUGUGGCUAAAUCAGUUGUAGAUAAUAUUAAUACUGUUGAUGGCAGCGUACAAAUUCCGGUUAGGCUUACUAGGUCUAGGGUGCAAGGAAAGGAUGAUUCCAUUCCAAUUUAUGAAAAGAAGCAAGGUAAAAGAACAGUAAAAGUUGUCAGAAAGGAAACUGAUGCAGUUAAAGAACUUGAAGGUCAUCUUGGUAAAGUUACGAGGUCGAAGGUGCACACAUUAGGGAAAGGUGGUGGUGUUCAACUUGAUGAAAAUAAGCAAAACAAAGGGGCAGUUAAAGAUGUUGAAAAGGCCGGUGAGUCAGUUGACAGAACUGAGGUUGGUCGUGUUAGAGUUACAAGGUCGAAGGCACAAAUCUUGAUGGAGGAUGGUGUUGGUCCUAAUUUAAAUCCGCAAGUUAAGAAAAAGAGUGGCCGAGGAGUGGUAAAUGAUGUGGACAAUGUUGAGCCUUCUAAGGAGGUUAUGGAUGUCCCGGUUAGAGUUACGAGGUCUAGAGGAAAAACAUUAACGGAUGAUGUUGCAAACAUGGUUGCUGUUACCCAAGCUGAGAAGAAAAUAACUAGAAGGGAAACAAAGGUUUCUGAUCCGAGUAAUAAUUUGAGCAAUGUUGCUUCAGAAAAUAACCAAGAACUUCCUAGGAGGAAAUCGUCGAGGGGUAGAGGGGUAGAGAUUGCUACUGAAGAUGUAAGUGAGAAAUUGGGGCAUGGGAAGCGUAAGAAGAGAAGUGAAGAAAGCACUGCUGAAGUUUCUGAAAGUCAACAUCACGCUGACAAGGAAUCAAAGAGAAACAAGGCGAAGGUUGAAGAUUUUACACUCUUGAAUCCGAGUGUCAGUAAAGUGGAAAUGGUUGUUGAGAGGAAAGUUACAAGGUCCAAGGCUCUUUUGGCGAUGAAAUCUUCUGAAGGGAAUAAUAAAAGCAUAGCCAAGAACAAGGUUGAGGUUCAAAGGGAAUCUACGAUGGCUCAACAGCUUGAGGAACCACUAGAGCAUGCAGGUAGGAAAAAUGUAAACAGAAGAAAAUCUGUCAUGCAGCCUGAAAAUACUGAAGUGGUUCUCCAUCUUGAAGAAUAUAUGAAUCGUCCGGCUAGAAAGGACACCAGGCGAAAAUCUGCCAUGCAAAAAGUGAAGGGAAAGGGAAUUUACAAACCUUUGGUUGAAAAGAAGGAAGUGGUAAAAGAAAUUAAGAUGGUUGAAUCACCUAAUAUUGGAACUCGUAAAACUGCUGGAAAAAGGAAGUCAAAAGAGCAAUCUGGCAACCUUUCCGUGCUUGAUGAAGGUUUAGAAGAUGAAGAAAAUGUUACUGGAUCAGGAAAAGAUGCUACUGAAAAUGAAAUUAAAGCUGUAGCUAGCGUUACCAGGAGUCAUCAAUCUAAAAAACAGAGAGGAAACCCUGUUAUUGAAGAUCAGAACAUUGAGACUGUGUGUGUUUCUCCUGUUGAUGAAUCUCCAAGACGUCCUACACGUAGUGCUAGUAAAAGUGAAGGAAAAUCAGUUCCGUAUUCAUUCCAAAACUUUGUUGCGGGAAAACAGCAGGAUAGUAGUGUGACAACACCUGCAUUAAGAAUGGAUAAUCAGGGAGCUGUCGAAAGUGAAUUUAUUGAAGGACACCGAAGUGCGAGCCGAACAAUUAUAAGUGGUGCAAUAAUUAAAGAUAAUAGUUCUAAAAGGAGAGCAAAGUUGAGUGAAUCGAAGCCAAGUGAUUCGGAGGAGCUUGCUGAAAAAUUCAGUACAGAGGGGGCAUCAGUUUCAAAGUCGGAGAACCUUGAACUUGAUGAAAAAGUUACCGAGAUUGCGCGCACACCUGCCAUUGAAGAAUCUAUUAGGCGGCUUACACGGAGUGCAAUCAGAAGUGAGAGAAAUGCUGCCGCCAAUACAACACCAGGGAGAAUGACACGCAGUGGAAUCAAACAUAGAGAAAACGCAGGAAGCAGGCUGUUUGAAAUGGUUGAUAAAGAGAAGCAGCAAAGCCAGUCAGCUCAUCAAAGACAACCUCUUGCUGAUGCCCGGAUGUUCUCACCUGAAGUUACAGGAGUCGGGGCCCAUCCUGAUGUGACCAACAGCAGAGUUAAUAAGAACAGCAAUCUCAGAAAGAAAAAAUCCCCUCUAAUCAUUCAGAAAACGGUACAUGCUGACACCAUGGGUGUUCCAUCUGAAAUAUCUAAAGAAGCCGAGGAUCAGAUAUUAGAACACUCGGUUGAUUUGUCAGUUACAGAAUCUGUGAGGUUGCCAACCAAAGUCGCGGAGGAGGAUAGGGCUUCUAUGAGAGAAGCUGCCAUUGUCAUGGAAAAUGUAAGUUUGGUAUCUGCAGAGGAUGCUUCUGGAAGAGCUCCUGGGGAAGUUAUGGAAGUUGCAGGUGCUGAUAUUGAAAAAUCUCGUGUACAGUUUACAUGCAGUGCUGCUAAAAAUGAGACAAGUGCAACACCCUAUUUGACUGAAAAUUUGCUUAGUGGAAUGCAGCAAAGCUCUGUGGACCUGCCAAAUAUUGAAGAUGAAACUGGGAUAAAUUUAUCUGAUAUUAAAGGGACACCUUUCUCGACGGCUGAAGUUGCAGAGACCAUGCCUGAUGUACAUGAUCAGAAUGAGGAGGUUUAUGUGAAAUCUGCAACAUUUAGUGAAGCUCAAGUUCAGGUAGCCGUAGAUUUAGAGAAAUCAGUCGUGAAGUCUGCAAGACCAGAGUCAUACGUAGAGGAAAUGGAAUUGACCACAAAGAGGCUGCAAACUGAUGUGAUGGUUGAGGAACCAGCGGUUUCUAUUCCGAGUGUUGAUAUUUCACCUGGAGUCAUCACCAAGGGAAACAAUGAUGAUGCCGACAAUAACUCUGAUUCCAUAUCUUGUGAGGCCGGUCCGUCUGCUGUUUGCCAUGCGUCUUUCAAAGAGUCAUAUGAUAAGAGAAAAUCGAAAGAGAUGGAAGCUCUGCUGGAGCCAUCAAUGAUUGAAGACGACAAGCAAUUUAUUGCAGAUAAUGGAUCUUAUGCUCAGAUUGAGAAGGGAUCUAAGCAGGAUGUGGUAGCCUUCAAUGACCCACUUCAGAAUCCUUCUGCCGGCAAACAGGAAGUUGCUGAUAAUGAUGCACACAAUGAUGAUGAUGAUGAUGAUGAGGGGGCUAAUGCUCGGAAGCAAUCGAUGGAUGAGUCUGUUUCUGAGGAUAACAGGGUUGAUGGUAGCAUUGACAUGCUUCCGAGUUCUGACAUGGGCAGUAGAUGUGUUGCAGGCCGAGUGGAGGCACAAGUGAUGGAUUCUUUGUGGGAGCAAUCAACCAACAAGUAUGCCAGUCAGACUCCAGCAGAGAAAGUGUAUGAUACUGAAGCUAAUGGAGAUGAUCCUCUUCAGAAAUCAACUGGCGAUGAUGUGCUUCAGGGUCUUCCCAUGGAUGAAAAUGAUAUUAAAGAUGGCAUGGUUGCUACUCAGGACAGUUUAGCUGAAAAUGAUGUUAAAGAUGACAUGGUUGCUACUCAGGACAAUUUAGCUGAACAAAGUGAGCUGUCAAUUGGCAAAAAUACUACUUAUGUUACAGAUGAUAAAGUUGAUAAUGUAAAGGAGCUUAAAUCUGAAGUAAUGCCAUCUGCCAGUAAUGAUGUAUUCCAGAUCCCUAUUUUGAACAACUCUGAUGGCGAAGAUGGCAUGGUUAAUGCUACUAAGGCGUGUGAAACUGAUUUAAUCCCUUCAACUGCCGGCAAUAUACUUGAAGAUACUGUGCUGAGUAGUGGUAAUGGUGAGGGCGUUAAUGCUAAUAAGGAACAUGAAUCUAACUCAAAGCUGUCAACUGACAAUGAUGAUGACUUUAACAUGACUAUGGAGGUUGAACCCAUUUCAGAGCCAUCUACUACCAAUGACAUACUUGAGACUCCUAUCUCAGGAAAUGGUAUCGAUGAUGAGUGUGAUAAUCCUAAUAAUGCUCUUAAAUCCAAUCUGAAGCCAUCAACUGGUUAUGAUCUGUUUGGCACUGCUGUGAUGAGCAAGGAUGAUGAGGAAGAUGACGGUAUUUAUGUGCCUAAUGAGCUUGAACCUGGUUUAGGGCCUUCAAACAUCAGGAACUCUCUGGAGAUUCCUGUAUCAGGUAAUGGUGUUGAUAGUGAGUGUGUUGUAGAUGAAAAAACUGAUGGGCAGAACGGAGAAUCUGAACCGGAACCAUCAACAAUCGAUGAUAAUCCUGCCAUGGAUGAACAUGAUGUUGGAGAUGAUGAACCAGAGCUUACCCAAAAUGAAAAUAUGCCUGUGGAGCUUGAAGUUUUAAUCAGGUCUUCUGACAAAGAAGCAGAGCCAGUGUUGAAUGUUGCUGUUGAUGAAGUUCAAUGUGAUAUUGUUGAUGUAUGUGCUUCAGUUGAACGAUCUGAUUCAUCACCACAAACUCCUGCUACAAAUGGAAAUGGCAUUACGGACUUGGUUGUAGACAUCAAUAAGGAUGCUGUCUCUAAAACUUUGGGUGAUAUUGAUUGGCUCGAGAAUUCAACAGGAGUCAUUGACACCAAAAACGAUACCAGUUUUUGUGGGAGUGAGCAGAAAUCAAAAGAAAGUGAAAGCAUUUCUCCUGGUAUGAACAAUGAACAGGGAACAGAAGAGGCUGAAAUGAUGAUACAGAAUGAUCAUGUGUCAGGUGAUAGAAAUGCUUUGGAUAGUGACAAAUUCAAGGAAGAUUGUUCAAAUCAUGGUGUAGAUGAAGAAAAUAUAGGAACUCCCGAGAAGCCAACCAGAGAUGAAACCUCACCAAUCGUAUAUACACAAGAAAAACAUCGAUUUACCGAAGAUAUUGGAGUUCAUAGAGGUCCAAUUACAGAAGAUAAGGAAGAAUGUUCAGUUGAUGAUACAGUUUCAGAUCCACCUACUUUCUUCAAGGACGAUGAUAUAAACAUGCAAGAAGAAACUCAAGAAGCAAGUACUUGUGUGGAUUUGGGGAAUCAUAGUUUUGGAAUAGAUGAAUAUCAGAAACCAGAUUCAGCAAAUGAAUGUGAUGAUGCACUGGCUGAAAUCAUGAAAGAUGACCGAGUUUCAUAUCUCCAAACUUCUGCUAGAGCAAGUUCUUCCAUGGAAAAAGGUUUUAGUCCUGCAGCUGAAUUGGCCAAUUCAGUAACGGAUUUGGAAAAAGCUUCUAGAAAUACGGCUGAUGGAGGAUUCAAUCAAGAUACUGAAGAAUUUCUCAACUGGUCUGAUUCGUCCCUGAAAGCAUUAUUUACAACACCAACCACCAAUAUAACCAGUAAUGUAAAACACGAUGAGGAGGAUGCAGUCCGUUUUACUUUCUCUGAUGAUAGGUCUUGUGACGAUAUUGAGAUAGCGGGACGCAGAGCUCAUGAUUUUGAUCAUCAAUGGGAGAGUGAACCGUUUGAUGACAAAACACAAGACCCUGCAACACAGAGUCCAGAAUAUGGAGUUUCAAACUUUGAAGAAUUUUCUCAUAAAUAUUUUGUUGAUGGUUCAAGUGACAUGUCUAUGGAGAAGGAGAAGAAAGAUAAGCCCAGCUGAAUGGCUCAGAAACAGGCCACAUCAUUUAGCUUAAAAAGAUAACAACGUUGCUUUCGCGAUCAAUGCGUUAUUAUUCUAACGAGCGACGUGAAUGAAGAGACCGAUGGGUUAAAUGGUUGCGUGCGUGCGUGCAUACCAACGUUGUCAAGUAAUAAACAUGUCAUAGUUUGUUUAGAUGAAUUAGAUAGGGGAGGAUUUGAGAGUAGUCAAGCUAUUUUUGUAUUUUCGACUACUUUUGUAAUUACUUGUUAUCUUUACUUAUUUGUGGUUUGUGUUGGAGUUGGUGUUCUUUUAAAUGUUUCGUUGAAAUUUUUUGGAUUCGGUUCCUCUAAA